AUGGGCAACUGCAACGCGAGCAGCGUGAGCUCCAGCAGCGAGCUGCAGGUCGGAGCGGCGCAGAGGCAUCCGAGCCUCAUGUCCCUGCCCAUGCGAACCAACAUGAAGUUCGGGUGGAGACCGGACAUGCCGGACCACCGUGACCUCCGCGUAACCUUUGACAAGGUUGAUGCGCCGAGCCACAUCACGAAGAAGUCCGAGGGAGAGAAGGAAAUCGUUGACCUGCGACCCAUGAACGGUGGCUUUCCCAUCUUCGAUCAGGGACAUCUCGGCAGCUGCACGGCAAAUGCCUUGGCAGCAGCCUUCCACUUCACCCUCCACAAGAUGCAGGUGGAAAACCACAAGGAUUUCGCAGACUUCACCCCCAGCCGACUGUUCAUCUACUACAAUGAACGCCUCGUCGAGGGCAGCGUGAACCAGGACGCUGGGGCGAUGAUUCGUGACGGCAUCAAGACGAUGUCCAAGGUCGGGGUGUGCCCGGAGAGUAUCUGGAAGUACGAUGAUGGACCGGAUUUCUUCAAGCAACAGCCAGACGACAAGUCUUACGAGCUUGCGCAGAAGUGCAGGGUUAUGGGCUAUGCUCGUGUCGCGCAAGAUCUGAGCCAGUUCAAGGCAUGCCUCAAGAACGGCUACCCCUUCGUCUUUGGCUUUGCCGUCUUGUCAAGCUUCCAGACAGCGGAGGUUGCCAGGACCGGCAAGAUGGUGAUGCCCCAGGCAACCGACCAGCAGCUGGGCGGCCAUGCCGUGUGCGCCGUGGGCUACGACGACUUCCAGCAGUGCUUCAUUGUCCGCAACUCUUGGGGCGAAGCGUGGGGCGACAAGGGCUACUUCUACAUGCCCUACGAGUACAUGUGCCAUCCGGCGCUUGCCUCUGACUUCUGGGCCAUCAACUGGGUUGAGGGCUUCAAGAACACCAGCAGCAUCUUAGAGAGUGGCAAGCUGCAGAUUGGAGGGGCGCCCAGACAUCCAAACGUUGUGUCCCUGCCCAUGCGCACAAACAUGAAGUUCGGCUGGCGGCCAGACAUGCCAGACCAUCGCGACCUCCAUGUGACCUUUGGCAAGGUUGAUGCUCCCAGCCACAUCAAGAAGAAGGCCGAGGGAGCGAAGGAAAUCGUUGACCUGCGACCCAUGAACGGUGGCUUCCCCAUCUUCGAUCAGGGACAUCUCGGCAGCUGCACGGCAAACGCCUUGGCAGCAGCCUUCCACUUCACCCUCCACAAGAUGCAGGUGGAAAACCACAAGGAUUUCGCAGACUUCACCCCCAGCCGACUGUUCAUCUACUACAAUGAACGCCUCGUCGAGGGCAGCGUGAACCAGGACGCUGGUGCCAUGCUCCGCGAUGGCAUCAAGACGAUGUCCAAGGUCGGCGUUUGCCCAGAGAGUGUUUGGAAGUAUGAUGACCAGCAGGAUUUCUUCAAGCAGCAGCCCAAUGACAAGGCCUACGAGCUUGCACAGAAGUGCAAAGUCAUCGGCUAUGCGCGUGUGGCACAGGACUUGAGUCAGUUCAAGAUGUGCAUCAAGAGCGGCUAUCCCUUCGUCUUCGGCUUUGCCGUCUUGUCAAGCUUCCAGACAGCGGAGGUUGCCAGGACCGGCAAGAUGGUGAUGCCCCAGGCAACCGACCAGCAGCUGGGCGGCCACGCUGUGUGCGCCGUGGGCUACGACGACUUCCAGCAGUGCUUCAUUGUCCGCAACUCCUGGGGAGAAGCGUGGGGCGACAAGGGGUACUUCUACAUGCCCUACGAGUACAUCUGCCACCCUUCGCUCGCCCACGACUUCUGGGCCAUCAACUGGGUGGACGGCUUCAAGAAUGCGAGCACCAAGAACCCGAUCAAGAAGUGA